AUGGGAGACACAGAACUCGAAACCGCAGCGUUGGCAUCUCACUUCGCCGCCAGAGAUGCCCUGAUAUCCAAGGAACUCUCUCUCCGUAGCGAUACCGGCUUCCGCAACGCUCUCUCGCCCAUCGCCAGCCAAGCAUGCGCCAUCGUCUCCCGGAUCCGAGAAGCAGAACAUGCUUCCAUCUGGAAACAUGAUCCGUCGUGUCCGGAUAAUGAAGCAGGCGUCGAGCUGUAUCCGGGCAUGAUGUUCGGACUAGCUAAGCGAAAGCUUGAAUCCACGCAUCUGUGGAAAAUAGCUAAACGGAUGCCCAAGGGGACGUUGUUGCAUUGUCAUUUGGGCGCCAUGGUGGAGGUGGAUUGGCUAUUUGAACGCAUCCUUGACGUCGAAGGUAUGCAUGUAUGUUCCUCCGAAGCACUGGAUACGGAGGCUGCAAGGGACAGGGCAGUGGUGCUGUUCAAGUAUAUUACUCCCAAGCCAGGGUCGAGCAGCGUAUCUAUUUGGUCGUCUGAAUACCAGCCAAACACAUAUGUUCCUGCGGCCCAAGCAGCAAAUGCAUUCCCAUCUACCGGACGACAGGGAUUCGUGGACUGGCUUUCUGAACGAAGCGUGAUAAGCGAACAGGCGUCUAUCGAGCACCAUCUAGGUGUGGACGAAGUAUGGCGGAAGAUGGCCGCUGCAUUUCCUACGUUAGGCUCGCUGUUGGGCUAUGAGCCUGUCUACCGACUGUUUAUACGGAAGAUGCUACAAACUCUAGCGGCAGAUGGAGUGCGAUGGGUAGAGAUACGUGAUGUGUUUGGCUCGCCGUUUGCCAGGGAGGGCCAGGAUGUGCCGGAACCAGGGUUCAACUACCGUGUUGCUGUGAUGGGAGAGGAGAUCGAGGCAUUUAAGAAGACUGAGGAAGGGAAGUACUUCUGGGGCGGCCGGAUUAUCUGGACUGCUUUUACGGGUGUUGAGUGCAGAAUCUAUACUCACCAGUAUGAGGCACUGCCUGGAAGCGAAAAAGGCAUAUCCUCAUCUGGUAGCCGGGAGCUUAUGGCUCAAUCUCUGGUUACCGACGACAAUUGCACAUCGCAGAUACCUAACAUUCCGUUCGUCUACCAUGCUGGCGAAUGUCUGGGUGACGGGAUAGCACAGCCGCAACCUCUACGACGCUAUCCUGCUCAAUUCCCGACGUCUUGGCACGGGUCUCACUCUUCAACACCCACACCUAAUCGAUCUGGUCAAAGAGCGCCGAUCAUGAUCGAGAGCUGCCCUAUCUCUAACGAGGUGUUACGACUAACUGCCACGGUCCUAGCGCAUCCGCUACCAGCCCUGUUGGCGCGCGGUGUAAGUGCAUCGCUGAGCAACGAUGACCCUGCGCUACUAGGUCAGGGGACGUCAGGUAUGUCUCAUGAUUUCUGGCAGGCGGUGCAGGCCUGGGAGAACCUGGGACUGGCGGGACUGGGUUCGCUGGCGGAGAAUAGUGUCCGGUAUGCUGCUUUCGAGGACGAGGACGAGGAGCAGUGGGUGAGGGGUAUUGACAAGGGGUACGAGGGCGGUGGCGUCAAAGCAGAGAGAUUGAAGCAGUGGCGAGACGAGUGGGAGGCCUUUUGUCAAUGGAUUGUAGAUGAGUAUGGAGUGGAGUACUGCAAAUAG